UAUCGCAACGAGACACACGGACGAAUAAUGAAAAAAAUUAUAUUUCUGCUACUCAGCGUUGCAUUUUGGUGGGUGCAUUCGCUGCCGCUGGCUGAACCGCAACCAGAACCUGAACCACAGGACUUUCAAACAGGCGCUCUCUUGUUAGUCGGACAAAUGAAAGAGAUCAUGGAGAAUGGCGCUGCCGCAGCUAAUGAGCAAGAAUUCGAAUUUCUGGGCGCUAAGAUCAGCAAUGGUAUGGGUAUGGGUUUCGGUGAUGCUAUGAAAUUCCCUGGCGGACGUAGACGCAGACGUGAUAUUGGCGAGCAGGAGCUUGGUGCAGGUAAUUCUUUAAGCUAUGAAGAUUCAGACUACUCAUUAUCUGAUUACUCUUAUGCAUCAGAAGAUUCGAUAGAGCGAAAGAAGCGCCAUGCGUCUAGUUCUUCGAGCAGCAGUUCAUCGGGUUCCUCUUCGUCGUCAUCGGGCUCAUCAUCCUCUUCCUCAGAUGAAUCGGAUUAAUGUUGAGUUAAAUUUGGAGAAAUAAAA